AUUCAUUGUUUGGAUUUUUGAAAAUUGAAUUAGAGUUUGAUGUUUCUCAGGGAGGAAACGUUAAUUGAUUUAAGGCAGAUCUCGCUUUUGUUCUUCAGGGAAGUGAUUAAUCAAGUAGUUCAUUUGAUUUCUUAGUUACAAGACAAUGACGAGAAAAACCAGUAGCUGUGCUAUAUGCGAGAACUCAAAUCUCGCUUCUAUAUGUACUCUCUGCGUCAAUUACAGAUUAAAUGAGUACAACACUUCCUUGAGAUCACUGAAGAGUGUUCGGGAUUCCCUGUAUCUGAGAUUGAGUGCGGAGCUCAUUGCAAAGGGAAAAGCUGAUGAUCAGCGCAGCUGGAGAGUGCUUCAGGAAGAGAAACUUUCAAGGUUGAGGGAGAAGCUCCAUCUUACAGAGAAACAACUCAUGCAAGGGAAAGCUAAGCUUGAAAAGAUGUCUAAUGAUUUGAAAGUUAGAUAUGAGAUGGUUGAAUCAGCUCUCAGUACGUUGGAGAAGAACCGUACAGAGCAGCUGGAAAAGUUUUACCCAAAUCUUAUUUGCACUCAAAGCUUGGGACAUAUGGCCAUUACUUCUGAACGUCUUCACAAACAAUCAGUGGUUAUAAAACAGAUUUGCAAAUUGUUCCCACAACGCCGGGUGAAUAUAGAUGGAGAGAGAAAAGAUGGAUCCAGUGGUCAGUAUGAUCAAAUAUGUCAUGCACGAUUACCACGUGGGCUAGAUCCACAUUCUGUUCCAUCGGAAGAGCUUGCCGCCUCUAUGGGAUAUAUGAUGCAGCUUCUAAAUCUUGUUGUCCAUAACCUCGCUGCUCCUGCACUUCAUAACUCGGGUUUUGCGGGAUCAUGCUCACGUAUUUGGCAACGAAAUUCAUACUGGGAUGCCCGGCCAUCUUCUCGGAGCAAUGAGUAUCCGCUUUUUAUCCCACGUCAGAAUUGUUGCUCCACUAGUGGAGAAAAUUCAUGGUCGGAUAGAAGCUCAAGUAACUUCGGUGUUGCUUCACUUGAGUCGGAAAAAAAAUCCCAUCUGGAUGCUGCUGGAAGUAGUAGUUUUAAUUAUUCAUCUGCCUCCUCACAUUCAAUUGAAACUCACAAAGACUUGCAGAAAGGGAUAUCACUUCUCAAGAAAAGUGUGGCAUGCAUUACAGCAUACUGUUACAAUUCAUUGUGUUUAGAUGUCCCCUCUGAGGCAUCCACUUUUGAAGCAUUUGCAAAGUUGUUGGCCACACUAUCUUCUUCUAAGGAAGUUCGAUCUGUUUUUUCCUUGAAAAUGGCAUGUUCAAGAUCAUCCAAGCAAAUUCAACAGCUAAACAAAUCUGUAUGGAAUGUAAAUUCAGCCAUUUCAUCGAGCAGUUUAUUGGACAGUGCUCAUACAACACCUAUAAUGCGGAACAAUUUUGAGAAUAACCUUUCCAAUUCUGCUUCUAGUUUUCUUUUUACCACUGAGAUGUCUGAUGCUGGAAAGACAGAAAGCCUUGCUGAAGGGUGGGAUAUUGUGGAGUAUCCCCAUUUUCCUCCUCCGCCAUCACAUACAGAGGACAUAGAGCAUUGGACUCGAGCCAUGUUUACUGAUGCUACAAAGAGAUGAUGGUGCUAUGGUACAUUGAAUUGUGUACGUUGAAGACUGGAAAGCCGAAGAUUACUUACUCCGGAUAUCUGAUGUAUCUGUGAGUAAAUUGUGGUCCUGAUCAUUAUUGGCUGGAAAUGUUCCUUACAUGUAAAUAGAUGAUGGCAGAAAUGUUCAUAGAUGUGAAUAGAGAUAGGCUUUUGGUUUA